UCCCUGUCCCCUGCGGCCGCCGCCCGUACUGGAGCGCUGACACCUCUGCAUCCGCGGGGUUCCAGGCAGCCCGGAUCCGGGCCUUUAUUUCUCGCCUGCAUCGCUCAGUACCGCGCCUCGAAAAGCUAAACACCAGAGCACCCUAGAAAGCAUAACUAAAAGAAUGCUCAUGUUUGACCCAGUCCCUGUCAAGCAGGAGGCCAUGGACCCUGUCUCGGUGUCAUACCCGUCUAAUUACAUGGAGUCAAUGAAGCCCAACAAGUACGGCGUCAUCUACUCCACGCCAUUGUCAGAUAAGUUCUUCCAGACGCCGGAAGGCCUGUCUCACGGGAUGCAGAUGGAGCCGGUGGACCUCACAGUCAACAAGCGGAGCUCGCCGCCCUCCGCCGGGAACUCUCCGUCCGCCCUGAAGUUCCAGCCCUCGCAUAGGCGAGCCUCGCCUGGGCUGAGCCUGCCCUCCUCCAGCCCGCCCGGGAAGAAGUACUCGCCGCCACCACCCGGUGUGCAGCCCUUCAGCGUGCCGCUGUCCAUGCCGCCGGUGAUGGCCGCAGCCCUGUCCCGCCACGGCAUCCGGAGCCCGGGCAUUCUGCCCGUCAUCCAGCCCGUCGUCGUGCAGCCUGUCCCCUUCAUGUACACCAGCCACCUCCAGCAGCCGCUCAUGGUCUCCUUGUCGGAGGAGAUGGAAAAUUCCAGUAGUAGCAUGCAAGUACCUGUAAUUGAAUCAUAUGAGAAGCCUAUAUUGCAGAAAAAAAUUAAAAUAGAACCUGGGAUCGAACCACAGAGGACAGAUUAUUAUCCCGAAGAAAUGUCACCCCCUUUAAUGAACUCAGUGUCCCCCCCGCAAGCAUUGUUGCAAGAGAAUCACCCUUCAGUCAUCGUGCAGCCCGGGAAGAGACCUUUACCUGUGGAAUCUCCAGACACACAAAGGAAGCGGAGGAUACACAGAUGUGAUUAUGACGGAUGCAACAAAGUGUACACUAAAAGCUCUCACUUGAAAGCACACAGAAGAACACAUACAGGAGAAAAACCCUACAAAUGUACGUGGGAAGGAUGCACAUGGAAAUUUGCUCGGUCUGAUGAACUCACAAGACAUUUCCGAAAACACACUGGAAUCAAACCUUUCCAGUGUCCAGACUGUGACCGCAGCUUCUCCCGCUCCGACCACCUUGCUCUGCACAGGAAGCGCCACAUGCUCGUGUGAACACCUCCACCGCCCGCCUCAGUGGGGCCCCCCACCCUCCAGCUCUCUCUCUAUCCUCCUUCCCAUCAGCUAACUCAUUUUUUACAUGUACAUUUUAAUUUCGAUUCAGCUGGUCUGAAUCUGAAUUUAUAUCAUUCAAACUUCCAUGUGGUCAGUAGUAAAUAUCCUCUAAUCCUCCCUCUCCUUACCACGGGUCAGACCUAAAGAAUGUGAACACUUUUUUUUUUUUUCCGGGGAUGCUAAGCAAACCCUUCUUAGAGAUACGUUUAAUGUAAUGAAAACAAGGGAACAUGUAAACUAGCAUAACCAAUUGUCGGUUUCUCCAUGUAUUCCUCAAGAGAACGUCAAAGUAAAUGUAUUACAAGUACAGUAUCCAGCCUGCUAGUCCUUGCCAGAGACAUCCAGACCUAUGUGCCCUGUGAUCAUGUUUGGUGCUCCACAGCAAAAAGAAGGGCAUAAGCUUUCACAGAUAGCUAGACGCGCAGCCGGCUGUCUGGCUAGUACAGUCAGCUCUUCCAUUGUCCUUCACAUAUCUGGCUUGUCAACUUGGAUUUGUCACUCAUCUAAAUGUACAUCCUUUAACCUCCUUUGUGCCUGCAGCUACUUGGGAGGUCUUUGCCACCACUGGGAAGGGAGCCAGAGCUGCUGAUUUAGGUGGGUGAUGUCUGUCGGUUGAGGGGAUGGAUGCUCUAUUUGCCUAGCAUGGAAUUGGAGCAAAGGGGCAUGGAACAGAAGCAGAGCAGGGUGGGCAGAGGAGGAAGCCAUCCAUUCCUGCUGGGCAAGGGCUUUCUGGUGAGACUUCAUCAUUUUGUAGCUGGGCAGAGCAUUCUCAGAGUUUCAGUCUCUAUGCAUGUUCAGCUGUGCAGAAUCCUGUUGCAAAGCCAGAUACAGUGGACUUUUCCAUGCACCUGUCUCUAUUUAUACAAUGUCCUUAAUGUGGAUUACCAAGCAUUGAUCAUAGGAAUGCCACAAAAAUAUCUGCCCAGAAAUGGUUAAAAAAAAAAAAAAAACCUUUUGGGUAAGGGUAUGAAUGGCCUUC